AACCAUCGCUGUGCGACUCCGUGUUCAUACCGGAAUGUUUUCAGCGGCGCUCGAGUUUCCGGUCUGUCUGCACUGGCGCUGGUUUCGCUGUUGUUUUCAUCAGAGCGUGAAUUCAGUAAAGAAACACAGUUCAAAAACACACACAAUUCAGACAUGGACAUGUGAGUUUGUGAAAUUCUGUCCUGACUGGAUCCUCACAUCAUGGCGGUCCCGAUGGAGAGUCAGCUGCAGAGUAUCUUUGAGGAUGUAGUGAAAACUGAGGUGAUAGAAGAGGCGUUUGCUGGCAUGUUUAUGGACAGUGCGGAGGAUGAGAGGAACAAACUCGUCAGCUGUUUAGGAGCGUUCAGACAGUACUGGAGCACGCUGCCUCAGGAGUCACAUGAUCAGUGCGUGCAGUGGAUCGUCCGCUUCAUUCAUGGUCAGCACAGCCCCAAACGCAUCGCCUUCCUCUACGACUGUCUGGCCAUGGCGGUGGAGACCAGCCUGCUGCCUCCCAGGAUGGUGUGUCAGGCUCUGAUUGGCUCGGACAGUCUGGAGUGGGAGAGGACUCAACUCUGGGCUUUGACCUUCAAACUCAUCCGCAAAAUCAUCGGAGGAGUCGACUACAAGGGCGUCAGGGAUCUACUGAAGGCCGUGUUGGACAAGAUUCAGACCGUCCCGAACUUCGUGAGCUCGGCUGUGGUUCAGCAGCUGCUGGCGGCACGAGAGGUGGUGGAGUACAUACUGGACCGCAACGCUUGUCUGCUGCCCGCGUACUUCGCUGUGACUGAGAUCAGGAAGCUGUAUCCAGAGGGGGCGCUCUCACACUGGCUGUUGGGCAGCCUGAUAUCUGACUUUGUUGAUAGUUUCAGACCGACCGCCCGCAUUAACUCCAUCUGUGGUCGCUGCAGUCUUCUGCCAGUGGUUAAUAAUUCUGGAGCCAUUUGUAACUCGUGGAAGCUGGACCCGAGCACUCUGCGCUUCCCCCUGAGGGGAAUGCUGCCCUAUGAUAAGGACCUGUUCGAGCCGCAGACGGGUCUGCUGAGGUAUGUGCUGGAGCAGCCGUACUCCAGAGACAUGGUGUGCAACAUGCUGGGCCUCAACAAACAGACCUUGAACAUUGCUCAGCAUAAGCAGAGAUGUCCGGUUCUGGAGGACCAGCUGGUGGAUCUGGUGGUGUACGCCAUGGAGCGGUCCGAGACGGAGGAGCAGUUCGACGACGGCGGCACCAGUCAGCUCCUGUGGCAGCACCUCUCCAGCCAACUCAUCUUCUUCGUUCUGUUCCAGUUCGCCAGCUUCCCUCACAUGGUGCUGUCGCUCCAUCAGAAGCUGGCCGGUCGGGGUUUGAUCAAGGGACGGGAUCACCUGAUGUGGGUGCUGCUGCAGUUCAUCUCCGGCAGCAUUCAGAAGAACGCUUUGGCUGACUUCCUGCCCGUCAUGAAGCUGUUUGACCUGCUUUAUCCUGAGAAAGAGUGCAUUCCAGUGCCGGACAUCAAUAAGCCCCAGUCCACUCACGCCUUCGCAAUGACCUGCAUUUGGAUUCACCUGAACCGCAAAGCUCAGAACGAACUCCAGAUCCCCAUCCCACACUCGCUCAAGCUGCACCAUGAGUUUCUUCAGCAGAGUCUGCGCAAUAAGAGUCUACCCAUGACCGACUAUAAGAUCGCUCUGCUGUGUAAUGCCUACUCCACGAACUCAGAGUGCUUCACGCUGCCCAUGGGCGUCCUGGUGGAGACCAUCUACGGUAACGGCAGCAUGCGCAUCACUCUGCCCGGCACCAACUGCAUGGCGUCCGGCUCGGUCACGCCUUUACCCAUGAACCUGCUGGACUCCCUCACUGUCCAUGCCAAGAUGAGCUUGAUCCACAGCAUUGCAACCCGUGUCAUUAAACUGGCCCACGCCAAGUCUAGUCUUGCCCUGGCGCCCGCCUUAGUGGAGACGUACAGCCGACUGCUGGUGUACAUGGAGAUCGAGUCCCUCGGCAUUAAGGGCUUCAUCAGUCAGCUUCUGCCGAACGUGUUCAAGUCGCACGCGUGGGGGAUUCUGCACACGCUGCUGGAGAUGUUCAGUUAUCGCAUGCACCACAUUCAGCCUCAUUACCGCGUGCAGCUCCUGUCACACCUUCAUUCGCUCGCCGCUGUUCCACAGACCAAUCAGAACCAGCUGCACCUCUGCGUCGAGAGCACCGCUCUGAGGCUGAUCACGGCUCUGGGGAGUUCAGAGGUUCAGCCGCAGUUCACGCGCUUCCUCAACGACCCUAAAACUGUGCUGUCCGCCGAGUCCGAGGAGCUGAACAGAGCGCUGAUCCUCACGCUGGCUCGAGCCACACACGUCACAGAUUUCUUCACAGGCUCGGACUCUAUUCAGGGCACCUGGUGUAAGGACAUCCUGCAGACCAUCAUGAACUUCACACCUCACAACUGGGCCUCUCACACACUCAGCUGUUUCCCUGCUCCACUGCAGGCCUUCUUCAAGCAGAAUAAUGUUCCUCAGGAGAGCCGCUUUAACCUGAAGAAGAACGUGGAGGAGGAGUACAGGAAGUGGAAAUCUAUGACCAAUGAGAAUGACAUCAUCACACACUUCUCCAUGCAGGGCUCGCCACCCCUCUUCCUGUGUCUGCUGUGGAAGAUGCUUCUGGAGACGGACCACAUCAACCAGAUCGGAUUCAGGGUCCUGGAGCGCAUCGGGGCGCGAGCGCUGGUGGCCCACGUGCGGACAUUUGCCGACUUCCUGGUGUACGAGUUCUCUACGUCAGCAGGAGGGCAGCAGCUAAACAAGUGUAUCGAGAUUCUGAACGACAUGGUGUGGAAGUACAACAUCGUGACCCUGGACAGACUCAUCCUCUGCCUGGCGAUGAGGAGUCACGAGGGGAACGAGGCUCAGGUCUGCUACUUCAUCAUCCAGCUUCUCCUCCUCAAACCCAAUGACUUCCGCAACCGCGUGAGUGAUUUCGUGAAAGAGAACGCUCCAGAACACUGGCUGCAGAGCGACUGGCACACCAAACACAUGACCUAUCACAAGAAGUAUCCAGAGAAGCUGUACUUCGAAGGUCUGGCAGAGCAGGUCAACCCUCCCAUUCAGCUGCAGUCGCAGUACCUGCCCAUCUACUUCGGUAACGUGUGUCUGCGCUUCCUUCCUGUGUUCGACAUCGUCAUCCAUCGCUUCCUGGAGCUGCUGCCCGUGUCGAAGUCUCUGGAGACGCUGCUCGAUCACCUGGGGGGGCUCUACAAGUUUCACGAUCGUCCGGUGACGUAUCUGUACAACACGCUGCAUUAUUAUGAGAGGCACCUGCGAGAUCGCACCAACCUGAAGAGGAAGCUGGUCCAUGCCAUCAUGAGCUCGCUCAAGGACAACCGCACCCCUGGCUGGUGUCUCAGUGAGACCUACCUGAAGUGUGGAAUGAACCCCCGCGACGACAACGUCUGGAUCCCCGACGACACGUACUACUGCAAACUCAUCGGGCGGCUGGUGGAUACCAUGGCAGGUAAAUCCCCGGGGCCGUUCCCCAACUGUGACUGGCGCUUCAACGAGUUUCCCAACCCGGCCGCGCACGCGCUUCACGUCACCUGUGUGGAGCUCAUGGCUCUGGCUGUGCCGGGCAAAGACGUGGGAAACGCUCUGCUCAAUGUGGUGCUCAAGAGCCAGCCGCUGGUUCCCCGUGAGAACAUCACGGCCUGGAUGAACGCGAUCGGACUGGUCAUCACUGCUCUCCCUGAGCCGUACUGGAUCGUCCUUCACGACCGUAUCGUGAGCGUGAUCAGCAGUCCGGUUCUGAGUUCGGAGGCGGAGUGGGUCGGUUACCCCUUCCAGCUGCUGGACUUCACCGCCUGUCACCAGUCGUACUCAGAGAUGCAUUGCAGCUACAUUCUGGCACUGGCACACGCCGUCUGGCACCACUCCAGCAUCGGACAGCUCUCCCUCAUUCCCAAGUUCCUGUCGGAGGUGCUGAAACCCAUCGUGAAGACGGAGUUCCAGCUGCUGUACGUGUAUCACCUGGUGGGGCCGUUUCUGCAGCGCUUCCAGCAGGAGAGGACCAGAUGCAUGCUGGAGAUUGGAGUGGCGUUUUAUGAGAUGCUUCAGGCCGUGGACCAGACCAUUAAACACUUGUCCUAUAUGGACCCCAUCUGUGACUUCCUGUACCACAUCAAAUACAUGUUUACUGGGGACAGCGUUAAAGACCAGGUGGAGAGGAUCAUCUGUUCGCUGAGGCCGGCAAUGCGUCUGCGCCUGCGCUUCAUCACUCACAUCAGUAAGAUGGAGCCGGCGGCGGCCGUCUCCACGGCGAACACCGUCCCCCAGACCCCGAGCGUCUCGUCCCCCGCGGCCCAGAGCGGAGCCGGACCCUCGAGUAUCCCUCUGUCUGUGUCGCAGUGAGCGCGUUCAGACGCAGAGCUGCUGAUCUCAGGACUGUGUAAACAGCCUUCUGCACACACCGUAUGACUGAAGAUCAUGUGACAUCAGACGCUAAACGAGGCUUUAAACUUCCAUCACCUGCCUUAUUUUCAUCUAGGAAGAGCUGACAUUUUCCUUCAGCCUGAACUUUGAUAGAGCAGCAUCUGUUUUUUUGUUUUGUUUUUUGCUUUGAGUCGUAUUUCUUUUUUUUUUAUAUGUAAUAAAGACGAAUCAUGUGUUAAAUGAA